GGAUGCGGCACGAUGGGCAUCGCGAUCCUCUCGGGCGUGGUGGCUAGCCUGGAGGCAGCCACAUCCGCAACGCCCUCCUCGCACAAGCAGCCCAAGUGGGAGUCGCACACGCCGGGGACGAUGACUCCGGACCAGGACGCGUCCUCGACGCCCUCGCAGUUCAUCGCGUGCGUGAGCCGUGCGGAGACGCGCACCAAGCUACAGGGCGUAUUCGGUGCGUUGGGUCCGCUGGGGAAGACCGUUCAGGUCGUCGCGGGUGACAACCUGAACGCGAUACGCCAAUCGGAUGUGGUGAUCCUUUGCUGCAAGCCCCAGUUGGCGCAUGUCAUCCUCGCUGAGGAGGGCAUUGUUGACGCGCUUGAGGGAAAGCUGCUGGUCAGCAUCCUUGCUGGUGUCACGCAGGCGCAGCUCGUGGGCUGGGUGCGCCCGACGACGCGGGUUAUUCGCGCUAUGCCGAACACUCCUUGCAAAAUUCGUGAAGGGAUGACCGUCCUGUGCAACAACUCUCCCAUCACUGAGCUUGACCGGGCAAUUCUGCUCAAGAUCUUCUCCUCCAUCGGCCGCUGCUCUUUCCUCGAUGAGAAGCACUUCGAUGCGUGCACUGCGCUCUCGGGAUCAGGACCUGCCUUCGCUUGCAUCUUCCUCGAAGCAAUGGCCGACGGUGGUGUGAUGAUGGGUCUUCCGCGCGCGGAGGCGUUGGAGCUUGCUGCUCAAACUUUACAAGGCGCGGCACGCAUGGUCUUGCAGCAUGGUGCGCAUCCAGCGCAGAUCAAGGAUACCGUCACCACGCCAGGAGGUUGUACAAUUGCUGGAUUACUGGCAUUGGAGGAUGGUCGUGUGAGAUCGACCAUCGCCCGUGGUAUCCAGAUCGCAACGGAGAGAGCUAGCGAACUUGGCCAGCCGGCGAAGAAGUAACUUCGCAGUGCCACGGUGGUCAAUCGCCUUAGGCAGAGCCGGCUUUCGUCAGUUUGUCGUUCUAUCGACGCCGGAAGGCCUCUCCAAAAUCAUGUAGAUAUGUAGAAUAUGUACCAAAUGGAUAUCUGAGCUCAGAAGGAUAUGCAAUACA